AUGGGUACGCCGGCACCCAUGGGUGCCCCCAAAUCCUCGCAGCACCCCAAAAAACCUUGCAACGUCCCCAAAAAGCAUCGCAAACACGCGGUGGCCUUCAUCGUCUACAAGGAGAUGGAGGAGUUGUUGAGUAACAUCACGGAGCCGCAGCGGGGAAGGCUCAACUCCGGCGUGGUCGGCGGCACCGUGGGGAAACCCGGCGUCGCCUUCGGCGUCGCCUUCAACGUCACCCUACGGCACCGCACGGCGCUACGGGUGGGCGAGGAGUCCCGCUGCGUGUUCUGGGAGACGGUGGGCGCCAAAGGCCGCUGGAUGACCUCGGGCUGCACCCGCGUGGGGGGUGACGCCCUCCGCUCCAUCUGCGCCUGCACCCACUUCUCCACCUUCGCCAUCCUCACGGCCACCCGUCCCAUCGCGGAGAACUUCGUGCUGACAGUGGUGACCUACGUGGGGAUGUCGGUGUCGCUGGUCUGCCUCUUCCUCGCCAUCGUCACCUUCCUCCUGUGCCGCUCGCUCUGGAGUGUCAGCGUCACCCUCCACCUGCAGCUCAGCAUCUGCCUCUUUGCUGCCGACCUCCUCUUCCUCGUGGCCGUGCCCCACACUGCCAACCGGUUGAUGUGUGCCAUCACGGCGGGCUUCCUCCACUACCUCUUCCUCGCUUGCUUCGCCUGGAUGUUCCUGGAAGGUUUGCAUCUCUUCCUCACCGUCAGGAACUUGCGUGUCCUCAACUACACCAGCGCCAGUCGCUUCAGGAAAAGAUACAUCUACCCCGUGGGUUACGGCACGCCGGCCAUCGUGGUGGCCAUCUCCGCCGGCAUCCAUCCUGGUGGUUACGGCACCGAGCGCUACUGCUGGCUGAGCACGAAGGGAGGCUUCAUCUGGAGUUUCGUCGGUCCCAUCUGUGUCGUCAUCCUGGUUAAUUUGCUCUUUUUUCUCACCACCCUCUGGACUCUACGGGACAAACUCUCCUCCCUCAACGCCGAUGUCACGGCCUUAAAAAACACCCGGUUGAUGACGUUCAAGGCGCUGGCGCACGUCUGUAUCCUGGGCUGCACGUGGGGUCUGGGCUUGCUGCAGGCGGAGGGGGAUGAUGUAGUGGUGGCCUUCAUCUUCACCAUCGUCAACAGCCUACAAGGAGCCUUCAUCUUCCUCGUGCAUUGCGUCCUCAACCGGCAGGUGACGGAGCAGUAUCGGCGCUGGUUUAGGGCGCUGGGCAAACGAGCGCAACCCCACGAGAUGCCCACCACCGAGAUACAUGUCACCUAUGUCACG